AAACAUCUCUCAAUAUGAACGACCAACGUGCACAGAGCAGGAGCAGCAACACGUCACGAUUGGGCAGGUCACGACUCGGAUGUUUGACGUGCAAACGGAGGAAGGUGCGAUGCAACGAACAACGGCCGAGGUGCUCGCACUGCGAGCGACUCAAUCUCNAAUGCUUAUGGAAGACCAACACGACACUCGCUCAUGCUGCCGCAGAGAGACGCCAAGCACCUUCACAAGGUCCGGAAACUCAGCAAGGAGGCGGCAACAUCAAUGCGACAAACAGUGCUGGUGCCGUCCUUGAAUCGGUCGCGACUUCAACAUCGCCGGCCACAACACAAGAUGUUCCUGCUGUUGACAACUUCUUCGACUACGCAGGAUUCAUGUGGGACAAUGCAGAGUGGUGGCAGCAGUUUCAGCCCUCUGACGCGCUUUUGCCCAUCAAUCAGGUCGAUCAGACCAUCUCCCAUCUCUUCAGCUCGCCCAGUACAAACUCACCAUCUUUCACAGCCGCCAACGAGGCACGCCAAACUGAACGCAUUGUCAUGCAUCAAACGCAAAGUGGAACCAAGCAAGCGGAAAGAGCGCAGGGCAACAUGCAGACAACACCGACGGGAGAUCAGUUCUUGCUCGAUUACUUUGGACAUAGCACCGUCCCUCCAAUACUGGCACCGGUCGAGACACAGCAGCAGUGGUCAUCAAUGCGACGCCAUCUUCUCGUCUUGGCUCAAGACUCAGAAAUGGUACGCUCUGCUCUUCUCAGCUUCUCCAAUUUGCUGUUGCGUCGCGGCCGCCAAAACAUACACACCUCCACCGAGGGACAAAUCCGUCAUGAAGAAUCAGCUCAUGAGCUGUUGAAGCACACUGAAGAUCUUGAGUCAGGACAGCCAAAACGUGAGCACCUUCUGGCAACUUGUUUUUUUCUGAGCUACGUCGAUAUCCUUGAAGGCAGGACAGAAGCAGCACAUGGUAGCUUGAAGGUUGCAUAUCACAUAUUUGACAAGGGCGAGAAGGCGAGCUUCGGUUCCUUAGAGAUACGCACCCUCUCCUGGAUUAGGUUGCUGGAUGGGAGAGCUGUCUCUGCUGGUGGUGAGGGCUUGUUCUUGUCUGAUGAUGAGGCGACAGAAAUGCUUGUGCAGCCCUCGCCAGCCGGUUUAGACUGCUUGCCGAGCGGCACGGACGCCACAAACGAUGCCGACCAAGGCGCUGAGAUUGAGGAUGCUCUGUUCCAAGCACUUUAUCAACCAGGAGCUGUGUUCUUUCAGAAGGUGCAGUCAUUUAUGGGUCGCAUAUCAAAGAUUGAUCCAUGGCAUAGAAGCCGAGGUACGGUAGCAGACGAGACUGAAGUGAUGAUUGUUGCUGCCAAGAUCACUCGAGAUCUCGACAAGCUGUUCGAUAGCCGACCUCGACUCAUGGACUAUGCAGCGAAAGGUCAGCUUACACCACAGUAUCUCAGCCCUCACCUCUCCCAUACCAUUACUCGAGCAUUUCGAACCUAUACAAGUAAUUUCUAUGCAAGCAAAGUACAUCUCCAUCGAGUUGCCUACAAGACACUGCCUUUGGCCAUGGAUACUGUGCUGGCGCUCGCAAAGAUCAAAGAGCUUGCCAGAAUGAUGAUUGACACACCAUCGGAACAUGGUAUCGAAGGCGGUGAACCAUUACCCGUCAACAUGCUUUGGCCACUUCUCAUGCUCGGAUCAGAAGAAGAGGAUGCUCAAGAACGACUCUGGAUCAGAAGUCAGAUAUGCAGGAUGCAGGAAGUGGCCACAAAUGCAGAUAUGACAGCACAAGUCUUGGACGAGGUCCAGAAGAUGCAAGAUUUGACAAAGACAAGGGUUGACAUUCGCAGCAUCAUGCACAAGAUCUUUGAUGCAUGCUUUGCCAUUGUG